UAUGAUUUGCAUGUCCUCGAGAGAUCUCGGACAUCCCCGUCUAUCGCAUCAGUGGUGCAUCAGUCGAUGCCUCACCGGUGCUUGUACAGUGCAGCCAAACCCUUCCUCGCAGUCUUCAAGUCAGGAAGGCUGCAUCUCCUGCAUAGACAAAUCUCGCAACGCAGCAACAGUUCCGGAUCGCCUAGCUUGUGAUAGGGACCGAGUAUCAUAGAGAUUCCGUCGCACAUCCGUCACGCAAUCGUGGUCUCGACCCUCUCAAUCCGCUCCCAAUUGACUCGAAGCAAUGUCCAGCACCAACACGUCCGUCAAGAAACGACGGUAUAAGAAGUCACAAUCGCCAGAACUAGAGCCGACCCGUUUCUAUGUCAGCAAAGCUUGUGAAGCAUGUCGAAAGCGUAAAGCCAAGUGUUCAGGUGAAACACCGAUUUGCGCCAGUUGUCAAAAGCAUGGUCGGGAAUGUGUCUACCUCACCCAAAAUGACGGUCGCAAAUUGAGAGCCAAGGCUCCUUCUAGCCAAGUCGAGCAGUUGCAAGCGGAAGUCCGACGAUUAGAGCAAGCUUUAGCAGACUCGCAUGAUCGGUCAAGAUUGACAUCGGCUCGAGAUGUGGCACUGAUAGAUGGCAUAACAUACCAAGCGGAAGGUAGUGGAUCGCAAAACCUUGAUGCCGGUGGAUUCGGUGAAUUUGCACACCAAGACAAUUCAAUGGAGAUCGAGAAUUCUGAGAGACAAGCUGGGCCAAUCAAUCAGGCUGUUGCGAUCGACGGACCGCUACCGAUUGAGCCCUUCUCUACUGGAGGCACCUUUCUGUGCCCAAAUGGAGCUCUCCAUCUACAUGCACAGGCGACUUUCUAUCAGGGGCUACACGUCACUCCCGAAGAGAUGGCGAGUCUCGGCCAUCGCCAUGCCAACUUGCCCCGGUGCGGUCCCAUCAGCAAGCCUUGGGAAGCGCCAUACCUCCCGUUCCCAAUGACGGAAAAGGACCAUCAGACCAUCCUCGACCUGGGCUUCCAGGCCGUCUCUUUCAUGCUGUCUUCGGGGUACAAGAAGAGGUUCAUCUCGCACUUGCUCGACGAUCCCGAGAACCGGACGGCGACCUAUUCUCCCUCGAUUCAUCUGGCCAUCUUAGCCUAUGGUUGGCGAUACUGUCGAGAUUACCCGAUCAUCGCUCGGUAUACGCAGCUAGGUCAUUCGUACGACGAGAGAGGGUACAAGUUUGCAGACAAGGCGAGGGAGAUGGCGGAAGCGGAGUAUAGCUCGCCCAAGAUCUGUACGGUCAUUGGGUUCGACAUGUUGGCUUUGUUCUUGGCGGGCACCAAUAAAGGGUUCGUCGAUGGACAAGUUCGCAGACGAACAAGUGAACCGAGCUGAUUGCACAUUCACUUUCGUGCAGCAUCUUCUGCGGCCCCUUUCACAGUCAGUCCUCUCGCCACGGAGAACCCCGUCCCCGAAUAUCGGAGCUUACUUCGAUUCGACAGGUAUCGCUACUCUAUAUACCCAAGAGUGUGAGUC